UGUAGGUGACAUACUUCCGCUAUCUAGCAGGGGUGAUGGUGACCUAGAAUGCCAUCAAAUGUUUUGCUGUUGUCGCCACUUCGAAAACCUAGUGGAAACCACUCAACAGUACAAAGAAUCAGGUCACAUUUAGAGUCCGGAAAUUUGGUUUGUAAAGAAUGGGACCCGGCAGAUUUUGAUAAUGAAGAGGAAUUUCUUAAAAAGUUGACGGAUAACGAAGUGGAUUUCAUCAUCGCAUUACAUGCAUACAAAGCUGGGAAGUUUCUGUCGGAUAAAGUGCCCAUUCCUUACAUCGUAAUAUUUGGUGGUACAGACAUUAACCAGUUUUACACAGAUGACGACAAACUACUCAAAAUGUCGCGAGCUGUGGGGGCGGCUAGACAUAUCGUAGCUUUUAGCCAAGAAAUGAUGGAUAAGGCUCUCAGAAUCUGGCCUCAUCUAGACAAGUCAAGGACGGCCAUUAUAAAGCAAGGUAUACAAACAAGAGCGUCGUCUUUGAGGCUGAGGGACUAUUUAGUGAACCAAGGUCACGUGUCCUCAUCUUUGGUGGCGGAGGCAUACAUUUUUCUCUUCGUUGGAAGCAUCCGACCCGUCAAAGACCCGCUGUAUCUCGUCAAUACAAUGGCAGAGUGGCAUCGAGAGAGGGCAGAUGUACUCUACGUUAUAAUUGGACCAAAGCAUGAAGAGGAUUAUUUUGCUAAAUUUCAGGAAGCAAUUGGCAGAAAGGACGGCAUAAUAUACUUAGGAGAAAUGGACAUUGAAGAUACACAUGCAUGCAUGAGGGACUGUAGCGCACUGGUUAACACAUCUGAGAGUGAAGGCAUGGCCGCUGUCAUUUUAGAGUCCAUGGACUUGGGUACACCAGUAAUGGCGAGGUGUAACGGUGGAAACGAAGCUCUGAUCCAAAAUAAUGUCACGGGUUUCCUGUUCUCUUCUCCAGAGGAAUUUAAAGAUACUGCUAAUGCUUUCAUCAAAGAUGCAGCGGUUAGAAGCGAGGUAACUCAAACAGCCAAAGCGCAGAUACUACGGGGCCAUUCGCCAGAAAUCGAAAGAAAUGCUUAUCAUAAACUGAUUAAUGACUUGAAACACUGAUAUUACACUGUGAAGCAAAGAAACAAGUUGCAAAAAUAUAAAGAAUCACAUUUACAUGUUUGACUCACUACUGAAUUGGAGCUGUGCUCAUUUAUGUACAUGGAAUUGUGUUCUGUCCGUUGCGAUUUAUACUUAAAACUUUUAUAGUAAUUCAAUGUUAUAAUUAAUAAUUAUAUACUUUACUUUUGACACAGGGUAAUAUAAAAAUGGGCUCAAGAUGGAGAAAAGGAGUUUUUAUACUGUUUUUUAAAUUAUAAUCGCUUAUUUACUUAUAAUUCAUUGAUAUAAAAAAAAUGCAAUAUUGUUAAAUGUGCCAAAUAAAUAAAAUGAA